AUUAAAUGAAUUUAUAAAAACUGCAAGCAAUGUUACUGCAGGACACGUCAUCUUCUACAGGUAAAAAAAAAAAAAGAGGAUCUUAACUGAAUCUGGGCUCAACCCAUUCAGCUUAUAAAUACUCGAGACACUCCUGGUCACGACCUUAUAGGAGACACACAGCUGAUCUGAAGUGAUCUCUUUGAUAACGCUGAUUAAACAUUACCUGCAGUAAGAUGUUACCCGUGGUUUUAUUCUUCUGUCUCUUCUGUCUGACACCUGUGGCUACUGAAGUGGGUCUCGGUGGUAAAGUGCUUCUGUUUCCAACCGAAACUAACAACAGCUUUGUUAAACUCACUCCUGAAAAGCCACUGAGUCUUUCAGCAUUUACUCUGUGCAUGCGUGUCACAACUGAGCUCCAGGGCCAGAGGGAGAUCAUUCUGUUCGCCUACCGCAUACAGAACUAUGACGAGCUCAACGUGUGGAGAGAGAAAGACGGCCGCUUGUCCUUCUACCUCAGUGGGAGUGGGAGUGGGAAUGGAGUGUUUUUCUACCUGCCUCCUCUCUCCACCUUCCGGACCCACGUGUGCGUCACCUGGGAAUCUGCGACUGGUCUUUCUGCCUUCUGGGUGGAUGGACAUCGCAGCUCAUACCAGCUGUUUAAAAAAGGUCACUCAGUUCAACCUGGUGGCACCGUCCUGCUCGGUCAAGACCCUGAUAACUACCUGGAUGCCUUUGAUAAGAAUCAGAGCUUUGUAGGAGAAAUUACAGAUGUGCACAUGUGGGAUCAAGUUCUCUCUGGCAGUCAGAUAAGAGCAGUUUAUUCAAACCAGGAACCAUCUGUGCCAAAGGGAAAUGUAUUUGACUGGAACACCAUCAAUUAUGAGAUUAAUGGAAAUGUACUAGUGGUGAAAGAUAACUGAUUCUGAUCAGGUGUAAUGUCAUACAUUUGUGUCAACCUCUGUAACCUCUUCAUCUGUUUUAAUGAUUUAGAAAGCCCUAUUGGCUGACAAAUAAAUUGUUUCCUCAGCAUCAUAUCUGCAGUGU